CCCACGUUUGGAAUUUUCAUUAUUCUUAAAUAUUAUUUUUACAUGCAUCAGUAUGCAACCUUAGCUUUUCUUUUUUUUUCCUCUAUAAAUGUAGAAUUGCUGUAACCAAAGGUAUCCGUGCAUCACAAAUCAUAAAACUUCUUUCAGUUAUUACACUUAAGCUCGCUGAUCUAAGAGGUAACAAUGGCUUCAUCACAACAACCUCUUGGUUCGAACCAAUUCAGCGAAAAGGAGAAAGUCGCAAUCGACGAGGCGGUGAAGGAGGCACAGUCUAUGUUAGCAAACAACAUCAAGAAUGCAAAGGCAAGCCAAGAUCAACAAGUUGCUUUGGUUACAGGAGUAAUGAAGAAUCUUCAAGGUCGAGGAUUGUUGCUUAACAAAUCACAUGUGUGGAAGGGGAAAUUCCUAACUGGCCCUCCUGAGAAAAUUGGUGAAAGUGGUGCAUUUGUGCACGAGGGUGCUGCUCCGCAAGUGGGUAUCCCUAUGGCUGAGGGAUCUAAGGCUGUAGUGAUAUAUGCUCAUUAUGACAAAGCUCUUCCACAGCUUGGGUGGCUCUUGGCUUGGGAUAAGUCUGUUCUACUCACCAAUAAAUUCGACAAGGUGUAUGUGGAAGCUGGAGAUCUAAGCAGGUUGUCGAACAUGGAGAUGGAUGAAAUUGAGAAGAAACUGGAUGCAUCCCACAGUGUUAGUCGCUACUGGGACAGUGACACUGGUGCUGCUGCUGCUGCUCAAAUGUCGAGCUACGCCAACAACAUGGUUUUGGUUGGUGCCACAUUUGACAGAAUAAUGUAAUCCGAUAUACCACCACUAUAUGCAUGUAACUUGAUCCAUAUGGUUUUAUCUUACAACCAUUGGGGAACUAAAUAAGACUUAUAUAUGUAGCAUGCACUCUGAUCUCUGCUAUACAUGCAGAUAUAAAAUCAUGUUUAACUGAUAA